GAGGGCUGGGAACAGAUUGGUGUUGGUGUUAGGACAUCUGCACAUCCCACACCGCUGCAACAGGCUGCCAGCUAAAUUAAAAAAGCUCCUGGUGCCCGGAAAGAUUCAGCACAUCCUUUGCACUGGAAAUCUUUGCACCAAAGAAAGCUGUGACUAUCUCAAAACUCUAGCUGGCGAUGUUCACAUUGUGAGAGGAGACUUUGAUGAGAAUCUAAAUAAUCCAGAACAGAAGGUUGUGACUGUGGGACAGUUCAAAAUUGGUUUGAUCCAUGGCCAUCAAGUUAUCCCCUGGGGAGAUAUGGCCAGCUUAGCCCAGUUGCAGAGGCAGAUUGAUGUGAACAUUCUUAUCUCGGGGCACAUGCACAAAUUUGAAGCAUUUGAGCACGAAAAUAAAUUCUACACUAACCCAGGUUCUGCCACUGGAGCAUAUAAUGCCUUGGAAACAAAUAUUAUUCCUUCAUUUGUGCUGAUGGAUACCCAGGCUUCUAUUGUUGUCACUUACGUGUACCAGCUAAUUGGAGAUGACGUGAAAAGCACCGUGUCCAGGGAUACCACCCAACCACCAUACCACGCCCCCACACUUCUGGCACACCCUGGUGGUCUCACCACAACACUGCACCCCCCGGAGGUACUCCAGGGCCACUAA